GGGGCGUAGCGCGUUGAGGGGGUCCCGUGGUGUGGCUGUCCUGAGAGUCCGUCGGCUGGAGCGGACGCGGUUCGGGGACAGGGCGGGCGACCGGCCCUUCCUGUCUCUGAGAGACACUGAGCAAGGCCAGAUGAAAGAUUAAAUGCUUAAAGAAAAAGUCCUGAUCACAAGAUUUGAUGAACUGAACAGUGAAACAGUGAGCAGAGAAUGAUUCUCUGGGACCUGGUUGUUUUUCAUCAUUCAGAACAUUGCCUGAAGCAGGUCCGCCAUGCCGUUAGUAACUAGGAACAUCGAGCCAAGGCACCUGUGCCGUCAGAAGUUGCCUCGCGUUAGAAACGAGCUGGAAUGCGUGACCAACAUCGACCUGGCAAAUGUCAUCCGACAGCUGGGCAGCCUGAGUAAAAAUGCAGAGGACAUUUUUGGAGAGCUCUUUACUCAGGCAAAAACCUUUGCCUCUCGGGUAAGCUCACUUGCUGAGAGGGUCGACCGACUACAAGUUAAAGUCACUCAGCUGGAUCCUAAGGAAGAAGAAGUGUCACUACAAGGAAUCAACACCCGAAAGGCCUUCAGAAGCUCUACCAUUCAAGACCAGAAGCUUUUUGACAGAAACUCUCUCCCAGUGCCUAUCUUAGAAACCUACAAUAUUUGUGAUACUCCUCCUCCACUUAAUAAUCUUUCCCCUUACAGGGAUGAUGGAAAAGAAGCACUCAAAUUCUACACCGACCCUUCAUACUUCUUUGAUCUUUGGAAGGAGAAGAUGCUGCAGGACACCAAGGAUAUCAUGAAAGAGAAGAGAAAGCAUAGGAAAGAAAAGAAAGAUAAUCCAAAUCGAGGAAAUGUAAACCCACGUAAAAUCAAGACACGGAAAGAAGAAUGGGAGAAAAUGAAGAUGGGACAAGAAUUUGUGGAGUCCAAAGAAAAGCUGGGGCUUUCUGGGUAUUCUCCUGCGUUGGUAUACCAGAACGGCAGCAUUGGGUCUGUUGAAAACAUGGAUGCAGGCAGCUAUCCACCACCACCACAGGCAGACACUGCUUCAUCACCUUCUCCCUCCUUCUCUGAGGACAACUUGCCUCCCCCACCAGCAGAAUUCAGCUAUGCAGCAGAUAACCAAAGAGGAUCUGUUCUGACUACACCCAAAAGAUCCAGUGUGGUCAGCCCAAGCCAUCCACCACCAGCUCCUCCUCUGGGCUCUCCACCAGGUCCCAAACCUGGAUUUGCUUCACCACCAGCCCCACCACCUCCACCUCCCCUGGGGAUACCCCCUCCACCACCAGCCAUGGGAUUUGGGUCACCAGAAACCCCUCCACCACCUUCACCCCCAUCUUUUCCACCUCACCCUGAUUUUGCUGCCCCUCCACCACCUCCACCACCACCAGCAGCUGACUAUCCAACUCUACCACCACCUCCCAUGUCCCAGCCAGCUGGAGGAGUGCCUCCCCCGCCUCCUCCUCCGCCUCCUCCAGGACCCCCACCUCUUCCCUUCAGUGGUGGGGAUGGCCAGCCUGCGGCCCCCCCACCACCACUUUCUGAUGCCACCAAGCCCAAGUCUUCUUUGCCUGCUGUGAGCGAUGCCCGUAGCGACCUGCUUUCUGCCAUCCGUCAAGGCUUUCAGCUGCGCAGGGUUGAAGAGCAGCGGGAGCAAGAGAAGCAUGAUGUCGUGGGUAAUGAUGUGGCCACCAUCCUGUCACGUCGCAUUGCUGUGGAGUACAGCGACUCAGAAGAUGACUCUUCCGAGUUUGAUGAAGACGACUGGUCCGAUUAACCCUGCCUGCUGCCCACCUCCUUUUACUUUCCUUCCUGCCCACCUUCUUUGAUACCUAUCCCAGUAGUCCCAUGGGGAAGAAAAGGGAGGAAAAAAUUUCAAGGGGCCAAAGCCUUUCCUGAAGGAACCAAAGACAUAUCCAAGUGCUUCCUCCAAAUGAACAUGUUAUUUCCUCUCCCCACUGUCAGGCCCAUGGGGUUCCAUAGAGGCGAUGUUCCCUCUUCCUUUCAAUGGACUGUUCCAUAGUGAAAGGAAGAAAAAACCCCAAAGCAGAUCCCUUUGAUAGGGAGUCAUUUGGAAGUAGUGCCUUCCCUGGGAGCCAUUUUGAUCUGUGGCCUUUUCCCAAAAUCCUUGACUUUUGCUAUUUCAAAUCAUGACCCCCAUCUUCUGGUCCUUCAAGGACACAGCCAGCCUUGGGAGGACAGCAGGCUGAGUGUCCCUAAACCAGCCUGCUUUACCCCUCUGCCCCAUCCUCUGCCCUAAUCAGCAGGGCAGGGCUGCCUUUUGCUCUGCAGUCUCCCAUGCCCUUUACUCCAGGAGGCAUCAGGCUGCCAAAGAGUGCCUCGUCCUCUCUGCCCAGAAAUGAUGUCUUUCUAAAGACUGAGGUUGUUGUCUCCUUCCCUGGCUCCCUCUUACUGAGCAUGGUGUUCAAGUAUCCUUCAGAUGCUCCUCCCUUCCACCCCCCUCGGAGCCCAUAGGCCACACAGCCUAGUUUUAACCUCUGAUAUCCAUGACCAAACUAGCCCUGGCACACGGACCUGGGCCUCUGCCAGCUGCCGGCAGCAAAACUUAGAGACUUGGAAACGCAGGACUGAGAGAAUGGUAAAACUUCUUGGGUCCUGCCAUAAAGAUGCUGCAGCCUAAAGAUGGGAAGUGACUUGCACAAGGUCACACAGUUGGAUAGUGACAGAGCAAGGGCCCAGACUUGCUGAUUCCAAGUCACCUGUGUUUUCUGGGACCAAAUGAUGGGCACCUACUGGAGUCUGGGCAGAGCAAUCUUGGCUCUGUACUGCUCCAGACUUCCCAAUAGGCAGGGGUCCCAGUUGGAGGGCUUAGGCCUGUGCCAGCUCUGCCAGUGCUACUCAGACCUUUAUAGGCUCUCGUAACCCUUUGUUGCCUUCUUCCUAUCACCAGCCAGUCAUGUGGCCUAGGAGCUGAGCUUCUAGGAGACCAGAAGUAGGAAGGGGCCAGGCAGUUUUGACAGAUGCCGUUUUCAUUGCCACUGCAGCUCCUCCCCCUUUCACUUCCCCAAUUUAAGCAUAGGUUCUGCCAGCUGUAGAAACUUCAGUCCCUCAGGCUGGCAGCUGCUGCAGGUACCUGCCUGGAGGGACCUGGCAGCAUGAAGAGAGCUGAAAGGCAGAGCGAUUCAGGGUCCUCUUCUUGUCUCCCCCAUCACUGCACACAGUGAUGUUAGUGCCCUGCUUGUCUCUCUUCCCAAAGCUAAUACACAGGUGCUAUUAUUCAGGAAAAAACUGGUCAGCUCUGGCCAACAGCAAGGUUCCUUCUCUUGUGCCCUAAUGCUGAAAUCGGCUUCUCCUGACUUCUCUGGCUUUCAGAGCCUGAAACAAAGAGAAACAGGAUCUGUUUCUACCCAGCACAGCAAAUGGUUGUAGUAAUUGCCAAAGCCCUUGUAAACCCCUCCGGCUUGAGCAGAGUGUAAUCGUGGGCACUGCUGCCUGUCCUUGCUGAAUGCCCCUCUCUCCCUAUUUUCUUGAACUCGGGACAUGUGGACUGAGCCUGCAAGUGCCAGCCGGUCUUCCUGCUGUGGCUACUCCAGAAUGUGCCCUCAUCCCACUCCCCAGAUUGCCACAGGGCUUCAUGCUGAGCACCCCAGGGUUUCCCACUCGCACUUUGAACACUGAAGCUGCCUUCCUCAGAACCCUGAAAUGGCUGUUGAAGGUUCCCCGGAUGUGGCCCAGCAGAGGCUAGAGAGGCAGGUGGAGGGCACCAGCUCUCCCAAAUAGGAGUCCUGGGGCCUGGCCAGGCCAGGGUUUGGGCCUAAUGGGUUUGACUAAAUUACCCCAUCCUCCUCCUUUCCGGAAGAGGGGGAACCAGAGCCACUCUUCAUUUUACUCUGACCUUGAAGGGGGCGGUGUUGGCCUGGCUUCUGGAAUGGACAGAGUCCACCAUGGAAAGGACUGGGGGCAGGAGGAGGGAGGGAGGGGCUCUGCCUGCGGAAGGUAGGAUUAGAUCAUUAGCUCAGUGACCUCCUAGGGUUUCCAUGUGCUGUGUUCUCAUCCUACAGCUGGUUUGGUAAUGAUCUGCAAGUCCCGGAGAGCAACAGCACAGCUCUGCCUGACGCUCUCAUUAAAAUCCAUGCAGCCAAGCUCAGGCGCUUUGUAGCAGCCGGCCUUGCAAAGCAGCCUCAGCUGGGGGGGGGGGGGGGGCUGGGGACUCAGUCAGCUGAGAGGCCCUCUGGGCUCUACUUUGCAUAUGUGCACCAAAAAAAAAAAAAAAGUUCUUCUUUAAACCCAGUGCCCUUUAAGAUGGUAAAGGUAGGCAUGUGUUUUUGGAAUUGUGUAAUUGCAGAAUGUGAAAGUUUAGUGAUUAAACUGGGCCGAGGCUGAUAGAAUGGAACAAUGGCCCAUAAGGAUUCUUUAAGCACUGAAGCCAAGGAGCCACCUCCCUUCCUGAUCUGCUAGGCCCAGGGGACCUGCCCCUAGAAUGUUACGGCCCAGGGACCCAGCUUCCGAUUGACAGUGUCAGAAGUGACUUGCAGCUUUGCUUUGGUCGUGAGAUGAUUUCAUUCCAGAGGAGCGGGUUGGGGGGGCCGCUUGGAGGCUCAGAGCAGCUGGCCCAAACUCCAGCUUGCUUCCAGUGGAAGCUUGAGCGCCCUCAGAAACGACCCUGGCCAAUGUCACCGCAGAGCUGAGGCAGUGUUGUCAGGGCUAAUGUGAAAUCUCUUCCCGUGGCGCCGAUCCUCCAACUCUGCAGCGCCAGCUUGGACAGAUUGAGGUCUCUGUGGCUUUGGUGACCCUGCUUAAGCAUUCCCACCGUGUCCCUGCUCUUCUCUGCUCUGCUCUCGGAUUGCCUCCCACUACAGCCCCUCACCUGACCUCAGGGCCUGGGGAGGGAGGCAGUGCACAAGGGCAAGGCGCUUCUGCUCAGGAAAGAUGUCAGCCUUCCUGGGGGCAUGAGGCUCUGAGCUCUGCUGGGGUCCAGCUGACUUGGGACCAGAUGUUUCACAGAAAAGUGCCUCACUCUGUGCCUCCUACCUUCUUCACUUUAACAGUGCCUCAGUGAGGGCUAGGGAACAAUUCUUUUACUGUAUUAACUUUAUUCAGUUAGUUCACUUGAGAAACUAACCAAUUUUUACUUUCUGUCUAGAUUGAUGUACAUGUAGGAGAAUAAGCUGUAAUGCUCCCAAAGUGCCUUGUUUUCUCUGAUAUAAAUAUAUUUAUAAGGACAUAUUCCAGUGGGUUCUUGGAGGUGUGUGUCACAUUAGGGUUUUAGGAAGUGAGCAUAUCUGUAGUUCGUGGUAGGAAAGCCUUCUGAAAACAGGCCCCUUUUCCAAGGUUAGGAAAGGGGCUCUUCAGUUAAGAGAUCUGAGCAAUGGGGUUAAGCCAAACCCCUCAAGUUGCACUCAUCUGUCCUAUUCUUCAGACUCUCAGGAAGACAUCCAAUUAGGAAAGCCCUGCAGCUCCAAACCUGGUCUCAUUUGCUUGCCUGCCAGGCUCACAUGUGUGCCACUUUUGUACCCCAGUGACCUGAACUUCCAUGUAACUACAUAUACACACAAACCCUGAAAUGCCAACAUUUUCAAUAAUUUGAUAAAAUCUCUAUAGUCAGUCA